UUGAGCGAGGAGGGACUUUCAAGUGAUGGAUCGGGAAAACUAGACUGCAGGUCUGAGGUCCUCAGACUGGUCAGAAGAGCAAGUGCAGGGAUGGGCAGAUGAAGUCAGGAUAAAAACCAGGUCCACAACUGAUACAGACUGGCGUGACUUCUCUGUCUGGCUGUUUAACCUGAUCUGAACCUCCUUACUUUUACAGAGACAUACUCAAGAUUUGGUCAGUUCUGGGGACGACUGACCACCAGGACUGAAGUCCAGCAGAAGUUGGAGGGAGUUCACUUGGAGUUGGAUCCCACUGGAGGCACUAUGGAUCUGUACAAAUGUUUGAGCUUACUUUUCUUCACUCUUCCUCCACAAGCUUGUUUUCAACUUGAACCUCGUGCCCAUGCUGAAGAGAGGCUGCUCCAGGAUCUGUUUGUACAUUACAAUAAGCUCUCGCGGCCUGUGGAAAACACUACAGACACAGUGCUAGUCCACUUUGGACUGUCCAUUGCCCAGCUUAUUGAUGUCGAUGAGAAGAACCAGAUGAUGACCACAAACGUUUGGGUCAAACAAGAAUGGAAUGAUUACAAACUCCGCUGGAACCCAGAGGAAUAUGAAAAUGUCACCUCCAUCCGAAUUCCCUCAGAGAUCAUUUGGAGACCCGAUAUUGUCCUCUACAACAAUGCCGAUGGAGACUUUGCAGUAACUCACCUAACGAAAGCACAACUGUUCUAUGAUGGUCGGAUAAAGUGGAUGCCACCAGCCAUUUAUAAGUCUUCAUGCAGCAUAGACGUCACCUUUUUCCCUUUUGACCAGCAAAGCUGCAAGAUGAAGUUUGGCUCAUGGACUUAUGACCGUGCCAAGAUUGAUCUGAUCAGCAUGGCCAGUGAUGUGGACCAGAUGGACUACUGGGAAAGUGGUGAGUGGGUUAUUGUCAACGCAGUGGGCAAGUACAAUACCAAAAAGUAUGAGUGCUGCGCAGAGAUCUACGCGGACAUAACUUACUACUUCAUCAUCCGGAGGCUUCCGUUGUUCUACACCAUUAACCUCAUUAUCCCCUGUCUGCUGAUCUCCUGUUUGACUGUGCUGGUGUUCUAUUUGCCAUCACAGUGUGGAGAGAAGAUUACUUUGUGUAUCUCAGUGUUACUGUCCCUAACAGUGUUCCUCUUGCUGAUCACAGAGAUCAUACCAUCUACAUCUCUGGUGAUUCCACUGAUUGGUGAGUACUUGCUGUUCACCAUGAUCUUUGUCACGCUCUCUAUCGUAAUUACUGUCUUCGUGUUAAAUGUACAUCACCGAUCGCCAAAAACACACAGCAUGCCCCACUGGGUGCGGAGAGUAUUCUUGGACUUGGUACCUAGAGUCCUCUUCAUGAAGCGUCCACCAGGCACUGCAAAGCAGCACUGCAAGAAGCUUCUUGAGAUGAUGCACCGUCCAACCACAGUAUCUGCAACUGGGAACUCGCAGGCCUUUUGGACAGGGUUAGAGACGGGGCUGAGACAAAUGGGACAGGUAGAGAAUACUCUUCCAAAAACUCCGACUGAGAGCCCAAGCAUCCUUGUCUGCUCACCUUCUCCAACCGCUUCCCCUCUUAAGGACACCAAUGAGGAAGACCACCCGCUAAUGGCCAAUGCUUUCUGCCAAUCCUCAUCCGGUCAGUGUUCAGUUGUCUCAGAGAAACAAACCCUACAUGGACACAACUCUGCAGCCUUGUCUUCUUCCCGAUUGUCCUUGCCCCCGACGUUGCCACUGUGCCCACUUUGGAGCCAAUCUAAGGAAGAAAUGAAUACACUGGCCCCAAAUGGCCGCUCCAUCAGCGUAGAGCAAAUGUGUGACCAACAGACGAAGCUUGUUCAGAGAGCUGGGCAUCUGUGUCGCUCCCACAGCUUCCACUACUGCUGUCUGCAUAAUAACGGGCCUGGGGUGGUUGGGUUUGCAGGACAGGUGAAGAAACAAGCCCUUGCAAAGCAUGUAGGAGAAACCCUCACAGCAGAGUCCACUAAAGAUGCGAGUACCCAACAUGACAUAAUGGUUCCCACUAUUUCCCCAGCUAUGCAGCGGGCUAUAGAGGGGGUUCAGUACAUCGCUGAUCAUCUCAGGGCAGAGGAUGGAGACUUUUCAGUGAAGGAGGACUGGAAAUAUGUGGCCAUGGUCAUUGACAGGAUAUUCCUCUGGAUGUUUGUACUGGUGUGUAUACUGGGAUCAGUGGGACUCUUUCUUCCUCCUUGGCUAGCUGGAAUGAUCUAGAAGCUUGUCAUCAAUUAACAAAAAAAGUCCAAGAACUCUGACAGGAAGACAUGGUCUUAUAUUAUUUAAAAAAAGUUUAUAAUUUAUCUUAUUAUUUUCUAUUUUUCAAAGAGACUACAAGUCACACUCCUUGCUCUUGCUCCAGGUUAUCAAAAGGUUUACCAGGUGUAUAAAUUUUGAAUGGGGGCAGCCGUCCAACAAAGAAAAUAUCCUUCCGCAUCACUCCAUUUUGACGUUGAGUUAUAUUGAUUGAGGAUUAAAAAACAGUGAAGAGUUGACUCUGACCUAUAUGUGAACAACACAGAAGACCAAGGUCUUGUGAAGAAUUUGUAACAAAUUUAUAACAUUUUUUUAAUCUCAAAAUGAAGAUUCUUAUAAAAUCAGUGCUGUAUGUUGGCAAUAGCACAGUUGACUGUGCUGUGCUCUCAUCAAAUAUUCAAAAGACGAUUCUGUUUCUGUACAAGGAAGGAGCUGUGCUGCUCUUUUCUAAUCCAAGCAAUUGAAUCAACACAUUUAUUCAAUAUUUGCUUCAGCAAUUCUUUUUAUCACUGCCACAGGAAAGGCAGUGUUGUUUCUAUCAGUCCACCACCUUGGUCCAGACUAAAAUAUCCACAGUCUGGAUUGCAGUAAAAUUCUGAUCAUUCUAGUCAUUUUAAUCAAGAUCAUUUUGGUGAUUCCUUGACCUUUCCUCUAGCAUUAUGAACAGAUCAAUUUAAUUCAUAAUGAGUUGUAAUCAAAUUUGCCAUUCAUGAGGUAGGAACCCUAAUGACUCUGGUGAUCUCCUGACUUUAUCUACAGUACUGACACCAUGAGGCUCACAUUCGUGGUUUUAAGUGAAAUGUCCCAACUCGACAGCUUUUGGAUGGACUGAUAUUUGGUACAGGCAUGUUCCCUUUGGGAACAAUUGUACUAUCAUUGUUUUACUUUGUCUGGCAAUUUAUUGGACAUGACCCAAAUAACUGCAAGACUAAUGACAUUAAGCUCAAAGCACCACUGUGCAGCCACACAGAACUGCUAGCGUAGCUGUAGUCUCGUUGCAUUCCCAUCACUAAGUCAGGUAAUAUUCAAAUAACUGCUGCUGUGUAAAACCUCACAAACACAUUCUGCUCUGGGUUAUAUCCAAAGGGUACAGUUUGUACCACAGAAGUCUGAAAAUUGAUCCAAAUUGUCAUGUUUAGGCAUUUGUUUCACUAUUACUGUUGAAACAUUUCAGGAUAAUUAACAUUUCUCACAAGAGCUGUUGAGUAUAUCUAAGUGUUUUUCAAUUAUUUACAGAAGUUUCAUCUUUUAUGUCCUUAAACAGCAUAUACAAGCACUUAAUGUCAUCACUUAAAAAUUAUGACACUGAACAGAACAUAAAACAACCCACCAAACUGCUGAACAUUUAGUUCACAGUGGCUACAAUGAGCUACAGUAUAUUCCUGUUUGAACAUUUUCAUUUUGUUUUUAAGUUGUAUUCAAAUGGGAAUCCCUUUCUGUUGAACAUACAAGAAAAAAUGUGAAUAUUUUAUGUACACAAAGUAUUUAUUUGAGAUGCUUUACUUCAUUGUGUUGACUUCUUGCCGUUUGUUUUUAAUACCAUUUGACUCAGUAUUGAUUAAGCAUGAGUUUUUUUCUUGAUUUUCUAUGUUAUGUGUUUAUAAAAUAAAACUAA